ACCAAAAUACACGCAAUUUGCUUUCUCUUUCUAUUACAUCGAUCAAUUGAAAAUGAAGGGGGAAAAUAAAGCUAAAAAAAUUAGAAAUGUUACAGAUCCAAACCCUAACUCUUUCUCUAUCUUCCCCCUCACACAUUUUUUUUCGAUCCAAGUAGCUCCUCUUCAAUUUUGUUUUUCAAUGCAAAGAGCAAAACCCUAGUUUUCUCCCAUGUUUUGACUGACAUGUAUAUUCAGGAUGUGCCGGUUUUUGUGUAAAUAGGAGAGGCAGCUAGAGCUUAACUGUUGAGGAGUAUUUCGUGUAUACUCAUCUUUAAAUUUGUGUAGAAAUGAGCUUAGAAAUUGAAGAGCAACAUUCAUUAGAUCAGCAUGCGGAUACCAGCAAGGAAUCUCAAAAGAAAUCUAGAAUUUCAUAUACUAGAGAUUUUUUGCUGUCAUUGAGUGAUCUGGAUGUUUGCAAAAAGUUACCCCCGGGACUUGAUAAAUCAAUUUUGAGUGAAUUUGAGGAUACAUCGCAAGAUCGGCAAAGUAUUCCUGGCACCUUCGCAGCUUACAGGCGAAAUGAAUGUAGUUCAUCACCGCCGACAAGAGGGGAAUCAGGUAACUAUUCCCCGGGCAUUCAUGGACGGCGGGACAGUCGCUCUAGUGGAAAGAGUGGUAGAGACAGUGAUACCCAGUCUGAUUGGGACUCUGAUCCCGGAAGACGCCAUGGUAAUCAAUCCCGGUGGUCUUGGCAAGGUCCUGAGAAUGAUGGGCUUCUGGGGAGUGGUUCUUUUCCUCGACCAUCUGGAUUUACAGCAGGAGCUUCUGCACCAAAGUUUCGAGCUAAUGAUCAAUACCAUCUAAAUAAAAGUAAUGAGCCCCGCCCUUAUAAGGCUGUACCUCAUUCAAGGAGGGAAACUCAUGACUCAUAUAAUGAUGAAACAUUUGGCUCCACUGAGUGCACUAGUGAAGAUAGAGCAGAAGAGGAAAGAAAAAGAAGAGCUUCCUCUGAGUCAUGGAGGAAGGAACAACAAAGAGCAUUCCAGGAGAAGAAGAUUAACCCUGAAAGGCGUAAAGAUGACUUCAAUUUUUCUGAAUUGCUAGUGGACUCCAAAGAUGAUAAAGGACUUGCAAAGAGAAGCAAGGAAUCAGAUGAACCUAUUCCAACAUCAAAAAAUAUUUCUGAAAAGUCAUUUCUUUCUGUACAAACUCCUGCUUCCAGACCACUUGUACCACCUGGUUUUGCAAGCACAAUUUUGGAGAAGAAUAUUGGAGCCAAAACUUCAAUGCACUCCCAUUCUUCACAUGUUGGGAGUUUUGAGAUGGAGGGAAACCUUUCAGAUUCCAAAGGCAGCCUUCUCUUUAAUGGUGUUUCUGAUGAUCUUUUGGUAAAACAGACUAAACAGCAUGAAGAGGAAACUUUGAGUGAGCAGAGGCUUGAAAGUAAAAACAUUCACUUUUUAGACAAUAAUAAGAGUGCUAAUGCUCUAAGUUUCUCAUCAGCUUCAGAUAAAUUUAAUGAGACCAUUAGCAAGGAUUCUCUUAUAUACAAGAGUUCCAGUCUUUCAGAAGUCUUUGUAGCCCCAGGAAACAAUGGAGGUAAUGAACUUGAUUCCAAGAAGUUGCUAGCAGAUAAAAUGUUGACUGAAACCUUCCAAGACGGUUCAACUUCAAUUCUAGACAUUUUUGGCAGUGCUGUAAUAGCAGAUGGAGGUGGCUCCACUAAUGUCACUGAGCCUAAUGAUAUCAAUGCUGAUGUGACAUGGUCCCUUGAUAGUUCCCAUUCUUCUAAGUUCACUCAUUUGUUUCUUGAUGAAGAGAAGAAACCAAUAGAUAAUCUCUCCCCUGGCAAGCCAAAAGACUUGCUCUCAUUAAUUCAGGGUGGUGAGAAAGGCGAUUCCCAUGAUAGGAUGGCUAGUAAGCAUGUUGUAUCAAACUUUCCAUUUCAAAUUUCUGAACCUGCGGACAAGCAUGUUAGAUCAAAUUUGACAUUGACUGGAAUUUUGAACUCCGAGCAAUCAUGGAAUAUUAAUGAUGUUAACAACUCAGCAGCAGUUCCAGCUGUCCUUACAUGCGAGGAUCUUGAAAAGUCAAUUCUGUCAGAAAGCAAAGAAAAUGAUCUGAGUUUGCUUCCUGCUAUUGAAAGAUGGAAAAUUCCAGAUGCCGAAUGUGAGAAGAAAGAAGUUAGCGUCGACAAUCAUGCAACCCAGCACCUUCUUUCAUUGUUACAGGAUAAAACAAGUACAAAAACUGAAGUAUCAUCUGCCAAUCAUGACGUCAGGUCUUCAGAAAGGGUGCAAACUGCUGACAUGGCACCUUGUAAUUCAAUAGACACAAAUGCAGAAAAUGCUUCUGGUUCAGGGAAGAGUCUAACUCUUGAAGCACUUUUUGGAAGCGCUUUCAUGAAGGAACUACAAUCAGUUCGAGCACCAGCUUCUCUUCAGAUGGGCUCAAUAGAGUCUGCUAGAGUUGAUGUAUUUAAAUCUAACGGGAUUCGUCUUAAUGUCGGAGAUGAUAGUCUUCUUCCUUCCGCCGAUCAUGUCGGGUCAAACAGGGCUAAUUUUGAAAAAAAUAAUCUACCAUUUAUGCAAAGAGAACAAAUGAAUUCUGAUGGCAUUGAAGGCCAUUCGUCACAUCUCCGAGCUGGAUUUGAAUCUAAACUUGGUUUUGACGGAUCUGCUGAAAUUGGGCUUCCUGAAGAGGAUAGUUUGCUUGGUGUUAGGAAUCCUGUGAAGCUCCAGAAUUUCAUGGCUGGUAGUGUAAAACCAGAGCUAUUGCCCUUCCAAGAGGCACCGAUUGAAGGUCCACCUUUUCUUACCAGUCCUUAUGAUAUGAGGGAGCCAGAUAUUCUAUUUCAUAAUCAUAAUAUCCAAGCAUCUUCUCCACACCUUCGUCCUCAAUUGAAUUAUGGAGGUCAUUUGUUUCAUUCAUUAGGUUCACAUCCUUCUAACACCAGUUCUCAGAUGAAGUUCAUGACUCCAGAAGGAAUCAUCCAUCAUGAUGCCCCACCAAAUCAUCAAUUUCCUGCAAGUUUGCUUCGUCCUCUUCAUCAUCCUGGCAGUGGACUAACUGGAUUUGAUCCUCCAAUUCAUCAUCCUAUGUUACAACGAAUGCAUAUGCCUGGAAACUUCCCUCCACCCAACUUGCAACGGGGAUUUUCUUGUGUUGAACCACCGCCACCUCAUUCAAAUAAUCAGAUGACUGGUUUGUUACCGGAAUUGAAUCCGAUGCACAGUUUUCAACUGGGGCAAGGGCACGGUCAGCACCAACCCAACUUUGCUAGUCUUGGAAUGCCUCCUGGCCAUGACGUUGGCAGUGGAAGCCACCAUCCAGAGCCAUUGCAGAGGCUAAUUGAGAAGGCACUCAGGUCGAAGUCAAAGCAGAUCGAUCCUUUCAGUGCACCGGGCCAUAGUGAGGGCCAAGGGAUGUAUGAUCACUAGCUAGACAUGGGUUUUCAGUAUCGAUAAUGAUUUUUGGUUGUAGUUUUGCCAAAGGAUUGUUUCUCUUCGAGAAUUGAGGAUAGGUUUGAAGUUCAUAACUCUGGAGGGGAUUACUGUGGCUCACUAUAAUUAAAAUGAUCAUUAUCACACUUGAAAUUGGCAUUUUGGUUGCAAUUGCCCC